GCCGCCUCCCAGCGCAGGAGGCCCGAGCCCCGUCCCCUCUCCAGGACACCCUCCGGCUGGGGCGAUGGCAGCGAGCGCCGCGCUCUUGCAGCUGCUGGCCGCGGCGGUGGCCCUCGCGUGCGGGGCCGCGGCCGCUCCUUCCUCAACGUCGCCGCCGCCGCCGCCGCCUUCCGAGGACGCCGAUCCCUUCGCCGCCCAGCUGGGCGACAUCUCCGCUUGCCGAGCCCGGUGCGCCCAGAGCCUCCGGCAGAGCCCCGCCGCAGCCCCCGCCGCCGCCAAGGAUGCUAUUCUCAACGCCUGUUACCGGGGCUGCCGGCUGUUUUCCAUCUGUCAUUUUGUGGAUGCCACUGCUGAGCUGAAUGCAACCAGAGCCGAGUGCGAAUCGGCCUGUAUGGAAGCCUACAUCGGCGGGGAGGAGCAGUUUGGCUGUACGACCGGAUGCAAGACACAGCUGCCAGAAAUGGAAAGGAGAGAAGAAAAAAUGAUUCAAGAUCAAAAACCGGCCUCGUUCUCCGUCUUUGACCUAGUCUCCAGUUUUUGCAACGAUAUUGUCAGCUCUGCUCAGAGUUUUAUUUCUUCCACGUGGACCUUCUAUCUGCAGGCAGAUGAUGGAAAAGUAGUAGUGUUUCAAUCACAACCGGAGGUUGAGUAUUCAGUCCCAGAGGCCCAGGCACCCAAGUCAGAGGUUUCGGAGAAAGCCUGGGCGGUCUCCGCCUCCAACACCUUGAAGCCACACACAGGCCUUCAGGAGAAGUUGGAGAAACCACCCAUCGAAGAGCCAAAGAGUCCAGCCCCAGCCGAGCCUGUGGUGGAGUCUCAGAUGCCUCUGGAACAUGAUUUCCUGGGCUGCAUGUCCAAGCGUUCGGGGCUGCCUCGCUGGAUUCUGGCGGCUUGUCUCUUCCUUUCCAUCAUGGUGAUGCUCUGGCUCAGCUGCGCCAGUUUGGUGACUGCACCGGAUCAACACGUCAAGACUCAGCCGCUGAGCAUUAAUGGAGACAAGGAGUACCUCGAUGACCUAGAUGGACCUAUGCCAUAUUCCUUACGCCCCGUCAUUGCGGUUGCCAUCUGCCCAGCUGAUGAGAACAAAGAAGCAGGCCUCCUGCCAGUCAAGGUGGAUUUAGACAAGACUGCCCUCUAAGAGCCUGACCCCGCCCCUGCCCCCAGCCCUUUUAAUGCCCAUCGGCCUCUCCCCUCCUCCUGAGUUCCUUUGAACCACCACCACAAUCUUUCCAUGGUUCUUCCCAGCCCUUCCCAUAGCACGUUUUGUCACCGCUCUUUCAUCCAGGAAGGCAUGGAGGAGCCCAGCACUUUUCUGCAAGGCUAUGCUGGAACACCCAGGUUUCUACUUUUCACCAGCAGUGACCCUUUGGUUGUUGAGGAAGAGUGGGGUAGCGAGACCCUUGCUUUCAGAUGCUUUCAAAUGCUGCCAUUGCUUUUGUGAACUUAGAAACGAGUGCGCCCUGGCUGUCCCCAGCGUAAGAUCCUGAAGAUGGCCAAGGGGAUUUCGGGGAAUUUGUUCACUUUGCUGAACAAGGCUGGGGGGAUUCUCUGCCCCUCUGCCUCAUGGCCAUUUGAGGGAGCUACUGCUUAUCCUGGUCUUCUUUUGUCUUAAAGAAUUGGGGAGCAAGCAGUGCAAUGCCUGCUUUUUAUCUGAGCCUUGGCAGGACGACUGCAAGGUGCUUCCAGGCAGGAAAGCCAAGGGUUCCCAAUCAGAAUAAUUCUGUUGUUACUCUGUGGCCUUGUUUGCCUGACAGACUAGGACAUGGUUCACUUAACCAUGAUUUACUGAGUAAGCCACAGUUGCCUAGGUUGACACACUGCAUGAAGCCAUGAUUUGCACAUUUGAAUGGCUGAGUUAUUAAUUUAAUAUUUAUAAAUUUAAAUGGCCGCCCAUCUCAGUGAAUGUGACUCUGGGCAGCAUACAACCAACAUUUAAAAUAAUAUCAUAGCUGUUAAAAAAAACCUUAAAAAUAUAAAUAAAAGCAUGAUUGCAGGAGAGAACAUCCAUCUAAACACAAUAUAAUCAUCGUGCAGGCUCCCCAGGGGAUCCCCAAGGCUGCUGAAAAAGCUGCAUUUUCAGGGCCUUCUGAAAGCCUAACAGGGAUGGAGCUAACCUCACCUGGGUGGGGAUGAUGUUCCAGAGGGCAGGAGCCGCAGCAAAAAAGGCACACCUUUUCUGUUCAUGCAGUAUGCUAAGCCACAGACAGACAAACCACCUUAUGGCUUAGCUUGCAGUGUGAUCCAGCCUAUAUUCCCUUCUUUCUGUUCUGCCGCUUACAGAAAAAGUGUGUACAAAGGGGAGU